AUGGAGAACAACAUAACUACUAUAUCUCGUGAGGAGCUUGAAGAGCUACGAGAAGCAUUUGGCAAAAUAGAUAUUGACAACAGUGGAUAUGUCAGUGAUUAUGAGCUUCAAGACCUGUUUAAAGAAGCAAGUCUGCCCUUGCCGGGUUACAAAGUCCGGGAGAUUGUAGAAAAAAUCAUUUUAGUGACAGAUAGCAACAAGGAUGGGAAAAUCAACUUUGAAGAAUUUGUCUCUAUAAUUCAGGAAUUGAAAAGCAAAGAUGUUAGCAAAUCAUUCCGGAAAUCGAUAAACAAAAAGCAAGGUAUUACAGCAAUUGGAGGAACAUCAGCAAUAUCUAGUGAGGGAACACAGCACUCUUAUUCAGAGGAAGAAAAAGUUGCUUUUGUUAAUUGGAUAAAUAAAGCUCUACAAGAUGACCCAGACUGUAAGCACCUCCUACCCAUGAACCCAUCAGAUGCCAGUCUGUUUAAAUCCCUUGCAGAUGGCAUCCUUCUUUGCAAAAUGAUCAACUUUUCACAACCAGAUACAAUUGAUGAAAGGGCUAUUAAUAAGAAAAAACUCACUCCUUUCACUAUCUCUGAAAACUUAAAUCUGGCUCUGAACUCAGCAUCUGCCAUUGGCUGCACAGUUGUCAAUAUUGGAUCACAAGAUUUGCAAGAAGGAAAACCACACUUGGUGUUAGGACUCUUGUGGCAGAUCAUUAAAGUUGGCCUUUUUGCUGAUAUUGAGAUCUCCAGAAAUGAAGCUCUUAUUGCCUUGCUAAAUGAAGGGGAAGAGCUGGAUCAGUUAAUGAAGCUUUCCCCAGAAGAUCUCUUGCUACGCUGGGUGAAUUACCAUCUGGCCAAUGCAGGGUGGCAGAAAAUCAGUAACUUCAGCCAAGACAUUAAGGAUUCAAGAGCGUACUACCAUCUGUUAAAUCAGAUUGCACCCAAAGGAGAUGACCUUGAACAACUGCCCAUUAAAAUUGACUUUACAGGAUUUCAUGAUAAAAAUGACUUGAGGAGGGCUGAAUACAUGCUCCAACAGGCAGAUAAAUUGGGCUGCAGACAGUUUGUAACUCCAGCUGAUGUGGUUGCAGGCAACCCUAAGCUCAAUUUGGCUUUUGUUGCAAAUCUCUUUAACACAUAUCCGGCCCUGCACAAGCCUGACAAUUCAUCUUAUGAUCUCAAUUUAUUAGAAGGAGAAAGUAAGGAAGAAAGGACUUUCAGAAACUGGAUGAAUUCACUGGGUGUAAGCCCAUAUGUUAAUCAUUUAUACAGUGACCUUUCUGAUGCUUUAAUCAUCUUCCAACUGUAUGACAUGACACGUGUACCGGUUGACUGGAGCCAUGUCAACAAACCUCCUUACUCAUUACUGGGUGGCAACAUGAAAAAGAUUGAGAAUUGCAAUUAUGCAGUAGAACUUGGAAAGACCAAAGCCAAAUUCUCACUGGUUGGUAUUGCUGGACACGAUCUAAAUGAGGGUAAUCCAACUCUGACUUUGGCUUUGGUAUGGCAGCUGAUGAGAAGGUAUACUUUGAAUGUAUUAUCUGACCUAGGAGAGGGCGAAAAAGUAAAUGAUGAAAUUAUUAUUAAGUGGGUGAAUCAGACACUUGCAAAAGCAAAUAAGAAAACUUCAAUUAUAAGUUUCAAGGACAAAUCAAUUAGCACUAGCUUGCCUGUCCUAGAUUUAAUAGAUGCCAUUGCACCAAAAGCAGUUCGUCCAGAAAUGGUCAAGAGAGAAGACCUUUCUUACCAAGACAAAUUGAAUAAUGCCAAGUAUGCCAUUUCAGUUGCUCGAAAAAUCGGUGCUCGUAUUUAUGCUCUCCCAGAUGAUCUGGUUGAAGUGAAGCCAAAAAUGGUGAUGACAGUGUUUGCAUGUUUGAUGGGAAGAGGACUGAACAGAAUAAAAUAA